UUGAAAAAGAUAUUUGAUUUAAAUAUAUACAUAUCUUAUACUGUUAGCUUUAAUAUAGCUUAAAUAUAACGGUUAAGAACGACAAGACUGAUAAUAGGGUUACUGGAAAAAACAUUAGGUAAAUAUUCUUACUUAAUGUUUAUCAGUCAUAAGAUACUGGUUAAAUAAUGUGUUGUUUAUAACUUGGAUAUUCGAUCGUUUGAUUCGUGCAUGAAUAAAGGAGAUUCACAUUUUGUUUUGAAAAACUGUACAGAAUAUGCAGGUUUAUUUGAAAUACAACUUGAAAAGAGACCUUAGUUUGGAAAAUGUCAUGCUGGAACUUUAUCAUAGAACAAUCUUUAUCAUCGACAACAUUUUGAUAAAACAGUCCUACAUUUUAUUCUACAAACAAAUUAUAUAUGAGCCUUGAUGAACAGGAAACUGAAAUAGCAAUGGAUUAUGGCCAUAAUAAAAAUAAAUCUUUUCCCGAUACAAGACUCCUGAAAAUAAACUAUAAAAAGAACCCGGUAAGCUGGAAGAAAGUUCUUGUUUAUAUCGUUUUACUUGCUAAUGUUUUCAAAGGCUGUCUUAUACAUCUACGCAACAGAGAAGUAUACAUUUUGACUUUAACGUCAGCCGAGCUCUUAGUAAGUCUCCAGGAAGCUUCUUUGCGAAAAGCGUCCGACUUGGUAGACAUUAACCAUUUGUACAACAUCUAUGGAGAUUGUCAUACUUAUGCCAUCUACUGGACAGUGAAGGGAAAUGCAAAAGUAUUGCCAGAGUGUCUUGAAACAUCUCAGUUAUUUAGAAAUAUUGUAAAUGAAAGCAAAAGAAUUCAGUCGUCAUCUUCAGCAAUACUUCCUGUCGAAUUUGAUAGACUUUUCAGUGAUCCUUCAGUAAGUAAACCAGUGUUAAAGAACAAAGACAAUGGCAUUACAUACAAUGUUAAUGCUGUCAUCGGAGUUUCCUAUAAGAAUGAUUUAAAUGGCAAAAGACGACGAGAAAAAAGAGAUUUUCGACAUGAGAAUAAUUUAACGCAAGAUUCAUUUUCAUUAACACGAAGUCAUUCUAACAGCAAGGUGAAUGUGCCUUUGGAAGAAACCAUAUACCCAUACACUGGGAACGAGUAUCAUAAUGUUGAAUAUCCCCAACAGAUAUCCGGAGAGCAAGAAGGCCAAGGACAAAGCUCAAUCGCAUUUUCGAACGGCGCUUCGUUCCCAACGUUACCAAGUGAUCAGUAUGGUUUUCGUUCUAGUUUAAAUCGAACACCGUUACCCACCACAGAAGCGUCCAGACUCGCUGGUGGACAUCCGAGAUAUCCAGAGUAUGUGAAUAAACAUGAACGAAUACGAUCAUAUGCAAGGUGGACUCAUAGAAAGCCAGAUCCAAAUCAGCUCAGUGAAGCAGGGUUUUUCUUCACAGACCAGAGUGAUUUGGUUCGGUGCUUUCAGUGUGGCAUAGGGCUCAAAGACUUUUCAGAAGACGACAAUCCCCUCAAUGAGCAUGUACGACACUCAAGUCGUUGUCCGUUUCUGUUAGAAUACCUUGGACAGACACAAUUAUCAAGUGUUUUGUAUCAACUGCAGGCACAAGAUCCUGAACUAAACAGACAAAGACAAUUUGAAGAAAUCAGAAGGACUAGCCCAGAAUCAAAUUAUACUGCUCGUCAUCCGGAGUACCGAAAUAUAGAGGUGCGACUUAAAACGUUCGACAAAUGGCCAAGCAAUCGUAUGCAAACUCCACGACAGUUGGCGGAGGCUGGUCUAUAUUACACAGGAUAUGAGGACCAUGUUCGUUGUUUUGCUUGUGAUGGGGGCCUUAGACGCUGGGAUCCAGAAGACGAACCAUGGACUGAGCAUUGUCGCUGGUUUCCGGCUUGUCCUUUUGCUAGAGCUGAGAAAGGAGAUGAUUUCAUUGCAUUAGUCCAAGCCUCUUCAAAUUAUGGAAAUGAGGAAAAUGGUGAAGAUUUGUCGAGUACAAUGCAGCAAAUGACUCUACGAGACCCUGUAUAUAAUGCUGCCUUAAAUGAACAUAAAGACACCUGUCUUGAAAUGGGAUACCAAUUAGCAGACUUUAAUGAAGCUGUACAGGAAAUAAGAGACAGGGGAACUGUUUUGCCACAUAUUGAGGAGAUUCUCGAUACAAUAGAAGUCAUCAAAGACAAAAAACGUCAAGCUCUUAAAGAGCGGAAGAAACAGAAUGAAACACCGAUUGAAGAGAAUCAACGGUUAAAACGUCUGGUGAUUUGUAUGUUAUGUGGAACAAACAACGUAAAUGCUUUGUUUCUUCCGUGUACUCACCAUCGACUAUGUAUGACGUGUGCAGAGCCCCUUACAAGUUGUCCAGUUUGUGAAAGAAAUAUUCGACAAAAAAUUAGAACGUAUCUUGUGUGAAUGAUUGCAUGAUCAUACAUUGUACAUCAAUAACCAGGUGUGUGUAUGUGUGUGUGUGGGGAGAGGGGGUACAGGGGGCGUGCGUGAUCGGGUGGUUAAGGUCGUUAACUUCAAACCACUGGCCUCUCACCACUGUGGGUUCGAAUCCCGACAGAAGCUCUUGCUUCUAUAUGUGAGGAAGCUGUCUUACAGAAUGUUUGUGGCCUACUAAGGUGCGCGUUCGUGUCCGAAAUAAUGCAGGGAAGGGCACCUGAGGGUUUACUCUGCCAUUAAUGCUGGAAGUCGCCAUAUGACCUAUUUUGUGUUGGUAGAGGGUUAUAUUGCAAACAACCGUUUAUAUACUGCCAUAUAACCUGUAAGGAAUAUUUAUAAAGAAUUUAGUAAAUACAACAAAUGUCCCUUUUUAGAGACUAAAGUGAGAUUUCUUCAUAAAAUAGCAGCAGCAGCAGUAUACAUAAAACUAUAUAAACGUAACAGUUAUCCCAUGAAAAGCGUUUUAUUUAUAUUGUAUAAUAAAACUAAUAUAACUUAUUUUAUAACACUGCACGUUUUAACGUAGUGAUUGGAUAAUCGUGACGUUUAUAUAGUUUUAUAUACACUGCUGCUGUCGAUUUAUGAAGAAACCUUACUUUCUUCUCUAAAAAAUGAUGCUUGCUGUAUUAUAAAUUCGUUAUAAACAUUUCUGACAGGUUAUAUGACCGUAUAUAAACGGUUGUUUGCGAUAAAACCCUCGCCUCUUUCUUAACAACCAUUUAUAUAAGGACAUAUAACCAGUCAAAAAUCUUUAUAACUUAUAAUAUACAUGUAAAGCUGUUGUACCCUUUCAUUAUUUGAAUUGCUUAAAGUUUAUAAAAUACAACAUAACUAAUUUAAAAAUAUACAUUGCUUAUCCUUGAGAAAAAUAUUUUAAUCACACAAAUUUAUUGAAAUCUGUAAAAUUCUUACUUAAUAUGUUUAAUUUGAUAAAAGAAUGAAUAAGCUACGUAAGGGAAGCUCCAGUCCCUAUAACAGGUCAAGCAAAGCUGGUCUUUCCUUUAAAAAAAUCCCUGCCAGUUGUGUGUGAGUGCGUAUGUGUGUGUGGGCGCGCGCGCACGCGGGCAUGUGACUACAUAGUUGUAUAUUUAUAAUUUAAUGAUUUGUUUAUUUGCUCGUAGUAUCUUUACAAAGUUCAUCAAUACAUGUGUAUAGUUCAACCUGAAGGAAUGCUCAAGUAUGCAGCUAUUAAUACUAGUGCAAUAGAUCAUGGCAAAUCUGUUUGUAUGUAUAUACGGUUAUAUGUUACACUGUCUGUCUGUUUUAAUUUUUUUUAUUAUCUCUGUUGAUUUUUCUUUGCUCAUUAAGGUCCUUUAAUAUUUCAGCUAUGAUAAAUACUUAAGCUAAAGACAAUUGCGUAAUUAUAUCCAUAUGAUAGAUUUCAUAAACUCUGAAGUGUUUUGUUAUAUAGUUGUAAAUAAAUAUAUUAUAAUAUGAACUUUGGAAAAGAAAAAGAAAGAAUGCGUAUUAUCAUUUAAUAAAGCUUUGACCAUAUGCAUUUCAGAAAUAAAAUCAUGCACACAAUUUUAUGUUCAUCAUAUGAAAUAAGUAGCUCUCAUUCAUUUUCUUUCCGGCAACAGAGGUACAUACCACAUGAUAUCAAGAUAUUAUUUUACCCUACAAAAUUUAUAUAAGCGCAGAUUGAUAUCACAUUAUAUAUUUGUAAUAUAAAUCCAUGAUAUGAGUAAAAGCACUCGCUUGAGUAAAAAAUUUUUGCUUUCUCUUCUCUUUAAGGGUACUAAUAAAUAAAUUAGUGUUAUGAUAGUAAAAUGUACAAAUAAAACAACUUCUAAGUUCACCAUUUGCUAAAUUAUAAUUAUUCAUGUUUGUAAGCAAUACAUACUAUAUUAUAAUAACUUAAACAUUGUUUAUCUAUAUGAUGAGGAUUAACAUCAUUCACUAUGUAAUAUUGCAGAAAAAAACCCAACUCGAAGCUUAAACGUUUCACUACGAUCAAAGUUUGACUAAUAAUGAAAAAGUCUCGGAGAGGUCGUGUUUUCUUGAAUAAUGUGACUUUAUUAAUUCUGUUGUUUAGGGAGUUAAUAGAAACUCUGACUUCAUCUCUUAUGCAUCAAAUUCAGGUUGACAACACGCAAACAGAAUCGAAUAUUGAUAAGCAUGCACGUCUUUCAAAUAUGCACAUAAGACGAGACAUACUUAAGUGUCUAAUUCUUUUUUCUUUAUCGAAGUCUAUAUUUUUAUAAGUCUUGCACCUGGGUUUCAGUGAUUAUUUUCAUUUUGAACUUAAAAUUUAUUUUAAAAUUGUCUUUUUUAACAUUGUUUCAAUCAGUUCAAGGCCGUCUGCUGUCAGUUUAAAUCCAUUGUGUAACAAAUUUAACUCCAAUGCUUACACGUUGUUUACCUCACAAACUAGCUAGAUAUAUAGUUCGUAACACGACCACCUCGUUCAUAGACAGUUUAAAUUGUUCUGACCACGUCUUCAUCACACCCUAGAGCGUUAAGAACGUCAUUAAAAUUAUGACCUGCCUUGCCGGUUAUAAAACAUCAACCAGUGAUUAUUCUUCUUCGAGCUUUCAAACUGUUAGAUAAAACCGGCGACAUCUGUUACAUCAAGCAAGCUGGUUCUCACCCAACAUGUUCUUUAUCUUCUUUUCUUAUCUGUUGUUCUACCAUUUCAUUGUAUCCUUAAACUGCUUCAAACAAAAAUGAAUGUCUAAAAUGCUAACAUGUACCUGUCUGAUUAUUGCAGAGUUCAAUUGUAUAGAAAAAAAAUCAAAUAUGGUUGCAUAGCAUUUGUUUUGCUUAUUGAUGUCUAUAAAGGUUUUAAAAUCCAUUCCUCAUGGGACAAAAUUGGU